CCGCUGUCGCCAUGCGAAGGCACUUUGACAGUCAUGUUAUUGUUUACAGUCGCGCAGUGACACAGCACUUGCCGUCAGCACCCGGCAACUUUGGCCUGAUUCAUAUUUGAUACAGUACUAUUACUUUUUAUGUGAAAUAGCUUGUUUCCUUUGUUUAAACUUCUGUUUAUUUAAGUUUUGCUUAGUAACGCGAAGCACUUGGUUAACUUAGUUAACCAUCGCGAAGCACGUCCAUCUGUGCCAUCAUGGAACAAACGCGUUCGUACCCGGUGAUACUGUACAUUUACGACAUGUCCAGAGGCAUGGCCCGGCAGCUGAGUCCUAUCAUGCUAGGGAGGCAGCUUGACGGGAUAUGGCACACUGCCAUUGUGGUGCAUGGGAAGGAGUUCUUCUUUGUGGGAGAAGGCAUCAACAAUUGUCCACCGGCCGGCACGCCUCUGGGUGAGCCCGACUCCACGGUGGACCUGGGCUCCACUGAGGUGCCCGAAGACGUCUUCAUGGAGUACCUGUUCUCCCUGGCGGAGUCCACGUACGGCGCUGACAAGUACAACUUGUUUGAGCACAACUGCAACACUUUCAGCAACGAGGUGGCUCAGUUCCUCACGGGGAAAACCAUCCCGUCGUACAUCACAGACCUUCCAUCUGAAGUUCUAUCCACGCCUUUUGGUCAGGCCCUCCGUCCGUUACUGGAUUCCCUCGUCAUAAAUCCCGGAGGCAACAACAUCACUGGACAGCGAUAGACUGGGCGGCUCACAUUACAGGACAUGUAAUGUCUAUUACUCACGUUUCUAAUUAACCCGUCAUCAUUUGAAUGGUUUUCUCUAUUCAGUUUAUGAAUUUUCUACACAUUAGAGUUAUGAAGGGGGGGGGGCAGCCACUGGGGGGCGGGGGACUGAAAAGGGUAUAUUUAGACAUCUGUUGCAAUUACAAGUUCACAAAGUGAGAAUACUUAGUAUGACGUACUUAUCUUGUGUAUUAACUGGAGGCGUGAUGAUGACAGCAAUCUACUUUUAAAUUGUUAUUUUAUAUAAAUUCAUAUGAGGAUUUUAUAUAUAUUUUACUUUUCAAGUGUUUUAUAGAAUCAGACAAUAAUAAUCAGUAAUUUAGGCUGCUUAAAACUAUACAGUUUCAUAAAACUAGUUAUAAAAAGAUAACUUAUGGCAUAUUUGCUCAAACUGUCACUAUACCCUGACAGUUGUGCACGAGGCAGAUAAUCUGGCUCUCAGGGUCCCCAAUGGCAUUUAAAAGAUGCCAACGCACCAAUCAAUGCCAACCAUCAAGCUGGUCCAAUAUGGAUCAAGAUUCUUGUGCUUUCUUGCCUAUUUCCUGCAUCAAAUAUAAUUAUUUCCCCACGAUUAAACAGUUUUAGCCGAUGCGUCAAAAAGUCUCAUAGUGCUACAACCGAACCCGUCUUCCACCGCGUUGUGACCACAUCAGCUCCUUGGAGACGUGAUUUGAGUGUAAUGCCUCUUAAAAGGUGCCACGUUUCUACUCGUCACUUUAGCGCCUUGUGGUCAUUUACAAAUAUGCACAUUUAUGUAUGUUUUUAAACCCGUGCACAUCUGGGCUCCACAGUGUGGUGACGGCGCUGCUUCACCGACGCCGUGACUAAAGUGUGCUGAUCAGUCAUGGAGUCUGACUCUAUGCUUUGUGACAUUUCUACUCCAGUCGGUCGCUUUUGGGUUUGCACCCACUACGACAGUCGCCGUAGCAACGCUCCCCCCCCCCCCCCCAUCUUUUCCCUGGAAGCCUUUUAGAGCCGAGGGCAGCUUUAAGAGACGGGCGCUGAAACAGAGUAUUUCAGAAACAGGCUAAACAGUCUGUUCCAACAGACACGAGAAAAACAGGGUUUUUUUUACAUUAAUGAAUGAAAACAUGUUGUAGUUUUAACCCAAAAUACGUGUGUGAAUCAAGUGUGAACUUGAUGAUUCCCUUGUGUCUUUAUUCAUUGAUUGUUAUUCUUAUUUCUGAUCUGUAUUAUGAUACACGUAAUAUUACUUGCACUUCUAUAAAUCCUUUUUAUACAUGUUAUUUUCUGUUUUGUUUUGUGGUCUUAAUUAUAUCAGUAGCACAUGUCCAGAGGAAGUAAACUAGAUAGUUAAAGGAAAGAAACCACACUCUGCUGGCCCGUCUGUGUAUUCUGUGUUACUAAAAAUACAGUUUCACUAAAUCUUAUGGGUUGUUUAUUCUACUCAUGUGUAACUUCUGAUGUUCUCGUUGACCUAAGGAUGACACGGCAUAGGAUUGUUUUAUUUUUGUAUGAUUAAUGCAAGACCAACCAACUUGUUCAGUUUCUAAAUCCAGCAAGUGUGCCUGAUGGCACUGAAUAUUUAAGAUUUGUAUAGUUAAUAGCAGGGCCAGGCAGAGUAAAUGAUAUGUAAAGCAGAUGUUUUGCAAAAAGCCACUUCAGCUGCAGGACUGCUGCCCCGCUUGAAUUCAAAUAAAUUUGCUUACUCUCA